CUCCCGCGCGCUGCUCGCCGCGGCCGCCAGGGGGCGCGGCGGGACUGAGCGCGACCAUUGUGCGGAGCGGGCGGCCGGACCCGGGCAGCGAGUCUAUCGAUGACUUGAACAAAUGGGCCCUGUGUCUUGUCUCUCCCUUCAUACUUGAGGCAGAACAUAUAGCGUUUGUGACCGAGAGCAUUCGGGCACAAGGUGGCAGUUUCCAGAAGCCAUCAUCCUCAGAAACAGUUGUAAAAUGGUCGGACUGCUGUUUGCCGUUAGCUUGCCGGCCUGGUGAUCCCUUCCAGGUAAUGGCUAAAGCGAGCGUGGAUGACUUCAGCAAGCUCGGGCUGGCAUUCAUGGAGGACAGACUGCAGAUGGAGAACGGACUGGUAGCCCAGAAGAUCGUCUCAGUUCACUUACAGGACUCUGCUCUGAGGGAACUCAGCAAGGCCUCCGGCGAGCAAGUGCAAGCCUCGCCCCUGACCCCAGCACCUUCCCUCGGGGGCAUCAUGGAGCAGGCUGGCCAAGGUGACGGGAAGGCCACUGGAGAAGGCUCUUCCCCGCUGAAGACAGGCUGUGGCUCGGGGAGAGAGCCUGCCGCCGAUGGGGACCCAGGACCGGGCUGCGCCGAGCGACACCAGCUGCACCUCUCCAGCUGCCACGAGUGCUUGGAGCUGGAGAGCCGCACCAUCGAGUCUGUGAGGUGUGCCUCUGCGGAGGGCACUCCGGAUCUUCCCGAGGGCCGAGGCGGCGGUGUGGAGGCUGCUGCGGAGGGGCCUGGCCCUGAGCAGAAGGGACGGAGGGGCAACGUCUCCGGAAAGGCGCCCAACAUCCUGCUCUAUGUGGGCUCCGGGUCCGAGGAGGCCCUGGGCCGGCUGCAGCAGGUGCGCGCCGCCCUGGAGGACUGCGUGGACACCGACAGCUACACCCUCUACCACCUGCGGGAGGACAGCGCUCUCAGGGACCCCUGGCCCGACAGCUGCCUGCUGCUGGUCGUUGCCAGCCGGGAGCCUGUCCCUAGAGACGCACAGCGGCGGUUCCUGGCCUACCUUUCUCAGGGAGGGAAGGUGUUGGGCCUGUCCUCCUCCUUCACGGUCGGUGGCUUUCGGGUGACAAGUAGGGACUCGCUGCGGAACACAGCCCAGAACUUGGUUUUCUCCAAGGCCGAUGGGAAUGAGGUUCGGCUCAGUGUCCUGAGCAGCGGCUAUGUUUACGAGGAAGGCUUAAGCCCGCUCAGUGUCCUGAGCAGCGGCUAUGUUUACGAGGAAGGCUUAAGCCCAGGCCGGGUCCAGGGCCACCUGGAGAAUGAGGACAAGGACAAGGCCAUCGUGCACGUGCCUUUUGGAACCCGAGGAGGGGAAGCCGUUCUCUGCCAGGUGCAUCUGGAGCUCCCGCCCAGUGCUGCCGUGGUGCACACCCGAGAAGACUUCGAUGUGCUCAAAUCCAGCAACGAGAGAAGACACGACGUCCUUAGAGAUGUCCUGACCACCCUCGGCCUGGGCUGCGAUGCACGGCAGGCCCCAGCCUUAACCCCGCUGCGCUUGCUGCUGGCCACUGAGGAAAUCCAGGAUCCCGUCAUGCAGUGGCUUGGGCAGCACGUGGAUCCUGAAGGAAUCAUAAAAUCCAGCAAACUGUCCCUUCGAUUUGUGUCCUCUUACACAUCUGACAUGGAAAUCACCCCGUCUUCCAUACCUGUGCUGACCAACCCCGAAGGCUUCUCGUCAGAGCAUUUCAACCUGGAGACCUAUCGCCGAAAUCUGCGGACCACACGGCUCGGAAAAGUAGUUCUGUUUGCGGAAGUGACGCCCACGACCAUGAGUCUCCUGGGUGGGUUGAUGUUUGAGAUGCCGCAGGAAAUGGGUUUAAUCGCCAUUGCAGUCCGGCAGACCCAGGGCAAAGGAAGGGGCCCCAAUGCCUGGCUGAGCCCUGUGGGAUGUGCCCUUUCCACUCUACUGGUCUGUGUCCCCGUGAAGUCAGAACUGGGUCAGAGGAUUCCAUUUGUCCAGCACUUGAUGUCCCUGGCCGUCGUGGAAGCCGUACGGUCCAUCCCAGGGUACGAGGAUAUCAACUUGCGAGUGAAGUGGCCCAACGACAUUUAUUACAGCGACCUCAUGAAGAUUGGUGGGGUGCUGGUUAAUUCAACACUUAUGGGGGACACGUUUUAUAUCCUUAUCGGCUGUGGAUUUAACGUGGCCAACAGUAACCCUACCGUAUGCAUCAACGACCUCAUCGCAGAAUACAACAGGCAGCACGGAGUAGGCCUCAGGCCCUUACGGGUGGACUGUCUCAUAGCCAGGGCCGCAACCGUGCUGGAGAGCCUGAUCGACCGGUUUCAGGCCCACGGGCCUGACGGCAUUCUUCCGCUCUACUAUAAGUACUGGGUGCACAGUGGCCAGCAAGUCCGCCUGGGCGGCGAGGAGGGACCGAGGGUGUCCAUCGUGGGGCUGGAUGACUCCGGGUUCCUGCAGGUGCUGCAGGAGGACGGUGGGGUUGUGACGGCGCAUCCGGACGGCAACUCCUUCGACAUGCUGAGAAACCUCCUCCUGCCCAAGCGGCAGUAGCCAGCAGCGUGUCCCCAGACAGCCGGAGCUGCAGCUGCAGCUGCAGGAGGGAAGCUGCUCCUGGGGACCCAGGCUUGCACGGCUGCCGCCUCUCCUGCCCAGGGCCCGGGAAGUGCCAUUUGUUAUCCUAUCAGGGUGUCAGUCCCCGCCCCCGUCUCCAGGUUUGGGUUUUGUUGUUUUGUUUUCAUACCUGUGGUUUUGUGGAGUUUGGAUUUAUUUUCACUGGGGAAAACAAGGGUUUUCAGAGGGUUGCAUUUAACCAUGAGAUGUGGUUUCCCAAGUAGUGAAGGCCUCGGCCCUACACUGUGCAGACACCCAGUGCCCCGGAUGAGGCAUGCAAACCGGCAAGCGCUGAGUUAGAGGUCCGCCUGUCCGUCUCCGGAGCUGUUCUCCCGGAACGCACAGUGGCGUCUGGACUCUGGUUUCGGUUUUGUUUCUGGGGUUGUUUUCCUUAGUCAAGCGGGCUUCUGGCAGUUUCUCCGCUGUGGUGUUGGGUGUCACCACACUGGAGGCCGGGGAGACCUGCUCGCUGUGGCCUCACAGACGAAGGCGGCUUCUUCCCGGCCGGGGCAGCGAGCACUUCUUCCCCGGCACACGAUUCAGGCGGUAGACUCUCAGGCCGUGACGGCACCCUCCUCUGAGGCAGAUGUUGCCCAGGCGCAGAGACAGCUCGCUCUCGUGCCCACACGAAGGGGAUUCUCGGAGCCAAAGAAGUGAGAAGUGGAGCAUUCCCGAGAGACUGGAGCAGGGCCCCGGGUGUAGCUCUGCACUGCAGGUCACGAUUCUCUGCCCCGAUUUCCUCAUGUUGUCGUGAGAGAAAGAGGUACUGACACUAAAUGCCAUCAAUUUGGAGACGUGUGCAUGUCUGAUUGCGUGUGUGUGUGUGUGUGUGUGUGUGUGUGUGUGUGUGUGUG